GGAUUUACAAAAUCAGGCAGCUAAGGCCAACUCUCUGAAUCGGUUAGCCCUAAAACAGAAGAAAGAACAAAAAGGAUAGAGUCAGAGCCCUUGGGACCUGAUUUGGAGGACUUAAAGCGGCAGGUAGAAGAGCAUAAGGCCAUUCAAGAAGCCUUGGAGCAGGAACAAGUCAAGGUUAAUUCCCUCACACAUAUGGUUGUUGUAGUAGAUGAAGCUAGUGGAGACAAAGCUACGGCUGCAUUAGAACAACAACUUCAGCAUUUAGGAGACCGCUGGGCUACAAUUUGCAGAUGGACAGAGGAUCGCUGGUUUCUACUCCAAGAUGUCCUUCGAAAAUGGCUGCAAUUUACUGAAGAACAGGGUCUUUUCGAUGCAUGGCUUUCUGAGAAGGAAGAUGCUCUCAACAAUAUCCAUACCACUGAUUUCAAAGAUCAGAAAGAAAUGUUGGAAAAUCUACAAAAGUUGGCUAUAUUGAAAGGAGAACUGGAAAUCAAGAGAAAGACUAUGGAUAAACUCAACUCACUCAGCCAAGAUCUCCUUUCAGCUGUGAAGAGUAAAGCACUAUCUCAAAAGCUGGAAGGGUGGUUGGAAAAUGUGGCUCAGCGUUGGGAUAGUUUGGCACAGAAACUGGAGAGCAGUUCUAAGCAGAUUUCACAGGCUGUUGCUACCACUCAGACAUCACUAACACAGACAACAGUGAUGGAAACUGUAACUAUGGUGACCACCAGAGAGCAAAUCCUGGUUAAGCAUGCUAAAGAGGAACUCCCACCACCGCCGCCCCACAAGAAGAGGCAAAUAGUUGUGGAUUCUGAAAUUAGGAAAAGGUUUGAUGCUGAUACAACAGAGCUUCACAGCUGGAUGACUCGCUCAGAAGCUGUACUCCAGAGUCCAGAGUUUGCAAUAUACCGAAAAGAAGGGAACCUGUCAGACCUCAGAGAAAGAGUUAAUGCCAUCGAACGAGAAAAGCCUGAGAAGUACAGAAAACUCCAAGAUGCAAGCAGAUCAGCUGAGGCCCUGGUGGAACAGAUGGUGAAUGAGGGGCUUAAUGCUGACAACAUCAAACAAGCCUCAGAGCAAUUGAACAAUCGCUGGAUUGAGUUCUGUCAGUUGCUGAGUGAAAGACUAGCAUGGCUGGAGUACCAAAAUAACAUCAUUGCCUUCUACUCCCAGCUGCAGCAAUUGGAGCAGACAGUAAUUACUGCUGAAAACUGGCUGAAAGCACAACCCACACCAACAGCAGAUCCUGGUGCAGUGAAAACACAGCUAGAUAAGUGCAAGGAUGAAGUCAUCCACUUAUCAACCCUUCAGCCUCAGAUAGAAAAACUAAAGGUUCAAAGCAAAGCAUUAAAAGAGAAACAACAAGGUCCAAUGUUUCUAGAAGCAGAUCUUGUUGCUUUUACCAACCACUUCAAUCAAGUUUAUGAUGAUGUGAGAGCUAGAGAAAAGCAUCUACAAAGAACUUUCGAUAGUUUGCCACCCAUGCAGUAUAAGGAAACUAUGAACACUAUUCUCUUGUGGAUUCAUCAGUCUGAAGCCAAACUCUCCAUACCUCAGGUUACAGUCACUGAAUUAGAAAUCAUGGAACAAAGGCUUAGGGAGCUAAAGGCUUUGCAAAGUUCCCUGCAAGAGCAACAGAAUGGACUCAACUAUUUAAGCACAACUGUAGAAGAAAUGUCUAAAAAAGCUCCUGCAGAGGUCAGUCAGAAAUAUCAAUCAGAAAUUGAAGGGAUCCAUGGCCGUUGGAAGAAGCUAUCGACUCAGUUGACAGAGAACUGCCAAAAACUUGAGGAACUGAUCACUAAGCUACAACAGUUCCAGAAUGACUCUAAAACCCUGAAGAAAUGGAUGGCUGAAGUGGAUGUUUUUCUAAAAGAAGAGUGGCCUGCACUUGGUGAUUCAGAAGCACUUGAGAAACAGCUAGAACAGUGUACAGCUCUAGUAAAUGAUAUCCAGACAAUCCAGCCCAGUUUGAAUAGUGUUAAUGAGAUUGGGAAGAAAAUGAAGAACGAAGCAGAGCCAGAGUUUUCUUUGAAAAUACAAGCUGAACUAAAAGAACUGAAUGCUCAGUGGGAUCACAUUUGCCAACAGGCCUAUGCUAAGAAGGCAGCGCUGAAAAGUGGUUUGGAUAAGACUGUGAGUCUUCGAAAGGAUUUAUCAGAGAUGCAUGAGUGGAUUACACAAGCAGAAGAAGAGUACCUUGAGAGAGAUUUUGAAUAUAAAACACCAGAUGAAUUACAGAAAGCUGUUGAGGAACUGAAGAGAGCAAAAGAAGAGGCAACACAGAAAGAUGUGAAAGUGAGGCUUCUCACAGAGUCAGUGAACAAUUUUAUAGCAAGGGCUCCACCUGCAGCUCAUGAGGCCUUAAAAAAGGAACUUGAUGUUCUAACUAGGAACUACCAGCGACUCUGCAGCAGGCUAAAUGGAAAGUGCAAAACGUUGGAGGAGGUGUGGGCAUGUUGGCGUGAAUUAUUGUUAUACUUGGAUGUUGAAAACAAAUGGUUGAAUGAGGUAGAAUCAAAACUCAGGGCAACAGAAAAUAUUCAAGAAGGCACAGAAGAGAUCUCAGAAGCACUAGAUUCUCUGGGAACAUUAAUGCAACACCCAGAAGAUAACCGCAAUCAGAUCCGUGAGUUGGCACAGACCUUAACUGAUGGUGGAGUUCUGGAUGAAUUGAUCAAUGAAAAACUGGAGAAGUUCAAUACUCGGUGGGAAGAGCUACAACAAGAGGCUGUGAGGAGACAAAAGGUUCUUGAACAAAGUAUCCACUCUGCACAAGAGAUUGACAAAACCCUUCAGUUAAUUCAAGAGUCUCUUGCUUUCAUUGAUCGACAGUUAACUGGUUAUAUUGCCGACAGAAUUGAUGCAGCACAAGUACCUCAAGAAGCACAGAAAAUUCAAUCAGAGUUGACAAGCCAUGAGAUUAGUUUGGAUGAAAUGAAAAAACGGAAUCGGGGUAAGGAUGCCACCAAAAGGAUAUUCUCCCAAAUCGAUACUGCACAGAAAAAGCUACAAGAUGUCUUCAUGAAGUUUCGCUUGUUCCAAAAGCCAGCCAAUUUUGAGCAGCGCUUACAGGAGUGUAAAAUAAUUUUAGAUGAAGUGAAAUCGCAAGUGCCGAAGUUGGAGUUGAGGAGUGUCGAGCAGGAAGCAGUGCAAUCCCAGCUUGAUCAUUGUAUGAAAUUGUAUAAAACUCUUAGUGAAGUGAAAUCUGAAGUGGAAACAGUCAUAAAAACUGGGCGUCAGAUUGUGCAAAAACAGCAAACGGAGAACCCAAAAGAACUGGAUGAAAGGCUGACAGCUUUGAAAUUACAAUAUAAUGAUUUGGGUGCCAAGGUGACUGAAAAAAAGCAAGAGCUAGAGAAAUGUUUGAAAUUAUCUCGGAAACUGAGAAAGGAAAUGAAUGCUCUGACAGAAUGGCUGGCAGUGACAGAUUCAGAACUGACAAAGAGAUCAGCAGUAGAAGGCAUGCCUAUCAAUUUAGAUGCUGAAGUCGCCUGGAGCAAGGCAACCCAGCUAGAAAUUGAAAAACGCCAGGUUCAGUUGAAGAACAUUACUGAUUUGGGAGAAGGGUUGAAGACCAUCCUUAAAGGGAAGGAAAGCAUAGUGAACGAUAAACUCAGCCUUCUGAGUAGUAACUGGAUUGCAGUAACGUCUCGAGCUGAAGAGUGGUUUAACUUGUUGCUGGCAUAUCAGAGACACAUGGAGAAUUUUGAUCAGAAUGUUGCUAACAUCACCACCUGGAUGUAUCGGGCGGAAAUACUAUUGGAUGAAUCUGAAACACAAAAACCUCAGCAAAGGGAAGAAAUUCUUAAGCGCUUAAAGACUGAGCUGAAUGAUAUGCAUCCAAAGGUGGACUCUGUGCGCGACCAGGCAGUAGACUUGAUGACAAACCGUGGAGAUCACUGCAGGAAAGUAAUAGAGCCUAAACUGGCAGAGCUCAACCAGCGAUUUGCAGCCCUAUCAGAAAGAAUUAAAAGUGAAAAGCCCUUCAUUCCUUUGAAGGAAUUGGAACAGUUUAACUAUGAUAUACAAAAAUUGCUUGAACCACUGGAGGCUGAAAUUCAGCAGGGGGUGAAUCUGAAAGAGGAAGACUUCAAUAAAGAUAUGAGUGAAGAUAAUGAGGGUACUGUAAAAGAACUGCUUCAACGAGGAAAUGUGCUUCACCAAACAAUCACAGAUGAAAGAAAAAGAGAGGAAAUAAAAAGUAAACAGCACCUGUUGCAGACUAAGCAUAAUGCUCUCAAGGAUCUGAGGUCUCAAAGAAGGAAAAAAGCUUUGGAGAUUUCUCCUCAAUGGUAUCAGUAUAAGAGGCAGGCUGAUGAUCUAAUGAGCUGGCUGGAUGACAUUGAGAAAAAAAUAGCAAGUUUACCAGACCCCCAAGAUGAACAGAAGCUAAAGGAAAUUGAUCGAGAAUUGGAGAAGAAGAAGGAAGAGCUGAAUGCGGUACAGAGACAAGCUGAUCGCUUGUCUAAGGAUGGGGCUGCAAAAGCAGUGGAACCAACCCUGAUACAGCUCAGCAAGCGCUGGCGAGAUAUUGAGAGCAAAUUUGCUCAAUUUCGAAGACUCAACUAUGCACAAAUUCAAACAGUUCGUGAGGAGACAACUGUUGUGAUGACUGAAGGUAUGACUGUGGAAACCUCUUAUGUGCCUUCUGCAUACCUGGCAGAAAUCCUUCGGCUUCUACAAGCUUUGUCUGAUGUGGAAGACCUCCUUAAUUCUCCCAGUCUGCAGGGGAGGGACUGUGAGGAUCUUGUCAGACAAGAAGAGUGCCUCAUGAAAAUUAAAGACAGCCUAGGGAGAUACUCAGGACAGAUUGAAGUUAUUCGCAAUAAGAAGACAGCAGUUUUAAAAAGUGCCACACCUGGAGAAGCUGGAAGGAUACAGGAAAAGCUGACACAGCUUACUUACCAGUGGGAAAAAGUUAACAAGAUGUAUCAGGACCGACAAACAAGAUUUGAUAGAUCAGUGGAGAAAUGGAGGAAUUUCCAUCACGAUAUGAAAAACUUUAACCACUGGUUAACUGAGGCAGAACAAAAUUUAGCUAAAAUAUGGAUAGAGUCCGAGGAUCCAGAGGUUUCCACAACCAAGCAAUAUAUCAAGGACCUCCAGGAUGGCAUUGGGAGACAGCAAGCUGUUGUCAGAACACUGAACAUCGCUGGGGAGGAAAUUAUUGAGCAGUCAUCAAUAGCCGAUGCCAGUGUAUUGAAGGGGAAACUGGGAAGCCUGAAUUAUCGGUGGAAGGAACUCUGCAAACAACUGGCAGAGAAAAAAAAGAGGCUAGAAGAAGAACAGAAUCUUCUGACAGAAUUGCAAUAUAAUUUAAAUAAGUUUUAUUUAUGGUUAGACGAAGCAAGUAGUGUUGUUGCCAUUCCUGUUGAACCAGGAAAUGAAUACCAGCUAAAGGACACUCUUCAGAAAGUAAAGUUAAGAGUGGAAGAACUGCCUCCACACAAGGGAAUACUGAAACGAUUAACUGAAGCUGGAGGAAAAGCACUUGGUAGUGCAUCACUGAGCCCUGAAGUAAAACAUAAGCUUGACACUAGACUCAAGGAGGCUAACCAUCGCUGGAUAAAGGUAUCCAAAGAUCUGCCUGAGAAACAGAAAGAAAUUGAGCACCUGCUAAAUAAUUUGAACCAGCUUGAACAACAGUUAAAUCAGCUGAAAUUGUGGCUCUCUCCCAUCAAAGAACAAUUGGAGCUUUACAACCAAGUGGGCCAACCCGGGGCUUUUGACAUCAAGGAAAUUGAAGCAGCCGUGAUAGCUAAACAGCCGGAUGUGGAAGGGAUUUUGUCUAAAGGGCGUCAUUUAUACAAAGAAAAACCAGCCACUCAACCCGUAACGAGAAAAUUAGAAGAUUUAAAUACUGACUGGAAAGCAGUAAACCAUUUAAUACAAGUGUUGAAAGGAAAGCCAGUGUCUGGGCCCUCAGGAAUUGUAUCAUCUGCUGUUGUAACUUCUCCUGGCCAAGCUGUUACUGUGGUAACGCAAACUCUGGUAACCAAGGAAACUACCAUCUCCAAACAAGAAAUGCCAUCAUCUUUGCUUCUGGAGGUGCCAGCCCUGGCUGAAUUCAAUAAGGCAUGGGCAGACCUCACUGACUGGCUUUCUCUAUUGGAUCGAGUGAUAAAAUCCCAAAUAGUGACUGUAGGCGAUCUUGACGAAAUCAAUGACAUGAUCAUCAAACAAAAGGCAACACUACAAGACUUGGAACAAAGGCGCCCUCAGCUGGAAGAGUUAAUAACAGCAGCACAGAAUUUGAAAAAUAAAACUAGCAAUCAAGAGGCUCGAACAGUCAUUACUGAUCGAAUUGAAAAGAUACAGAACCAGUGGGAUGAAGUCCAGGGGCACCUUCAGAACCGAAGACAGCAAUUACAUGAAAUGUUGAAAGAUUCAACACAGUGGUUGGAAGCCAAGCAGGAAGCUGAGCAGGUUCUGGAAUGUGCAAAAGCCAGGCUUGAAUCAUGGAAGGAGAUUUCUUACACUGUAGAAGGCCUAAAGAAGCAGAACGCAGAACUCAAGCAAUUUGCAAAGGAGCUACGGCAGUGGCAUAUAAAUGUGGAUGUGGCAAAUGAUUUGGCACUUAAACUUCUCCGUGAUUAUUCAACUGAUGACACCAGAAAAGUAGAACUGAUGACUAAUAACAUUAAUGAUGCUUGGGCCACCAUUAAUAAGAGAGUUAGUGAGCGAGAGGCCGCAUUAGAAGCAGCCCUAAGGCUGCUACAACAAUUCUACCUGGAUCUGGAAAAGUUCCUCGCCUGGCUUACAGAAGCAGAAACCACUGCCAAUGUUCUGCAAAAUGCCACACACAAAGAGAGAAUACUAGAGGAUGCCCAAGGGGUUCGGGAGCUCAUGAAGCAGUGGCAGGAACUUCAGAAAGAAAUUGAAACCCAUACUGAUAUCUUCCACAGCCUGGAUGAAAAUGGACAGAAAAUCUUGAGAUCCUUGGAAGGUUCUGAUGAUGCAGCCUUGUUGCAGAGACGCCUGGAUAACAUGAACUUCAGAUGGAGUGAACUUAGGAAAAAAUCUCUAAAUGUUAGGUCUCAUCUAGAAGCCAGUUCCGACCAGUGGAGACGACUACACCUUUCUCUUCAGGAACUUUUGGCAUGGCUGCAGUUGAAAGAAGAUGAGUUAAAGCGACAGGCUCCCAUUGGUGGAGAUCUUCCCACAGUGCAAAAACAGAAUGACACCCAUCGGGCCUUUAAGAGGGAAUUGAAAACUAAAGAACCUGUUAUCUCGAGUGCACUUGAAACAGUGAGAUUAUUCCUAGCAGAACAACCUUUGGAGGGACUGGAAAAGCUCUACCAGGAGCCUCGAGAACUGCCUCUGGAGGAAAGAGCCCAGAAUGUCACUCGACUCUUGCGAAGGCAAGCAGAUGAGGUCAAAACAGAAUGGGAUAAACUUAAUCUACAGUCCACUGAAUGGCAAAAAAAGAUAGAUGAAGCUCUUGAAAGACUGCAGGAGCUUCAGGAGGCAAUGGAUGAGCUGGACCUGAAACUACGUCAGGCUGAAGCUCUCAAGGGCUCUUGGCAGCCAGUGGGGGAUUUGCUGAUUGACUCUCUCCAGGAUCACCUAGAAAAACUCAAGGUUUACCGAGCAGAAAUUGCACCUCUUAAAGAGAACGUGAACAAUGUUAAUGACCUAGCUCAUCAGUUUACCUCUUCUGAAAUACAGCUUUCCCCAUAUACCCUCAACCGCCUCGAAGACUUGAAUGGAAGAUGGAAACUCCUGCAGGUGUCCAUUGAUGAGCGUAUCAGGCAGUUGCAUGAGGCCCACCGAGAUUUCGGUCCUACUUCUCAGCACUUCCUUUCCACUUCUGUCCAGGGCCCCUGGGAGAGGGCAAUAUCGCCAAACAAAGUGCCCUACUACAUCAACCAUGAGACGCAGACUACAUGCUGGGAUCAUCCUAAAAUGACUGAGCUCUACCAGUCCUUAGCUGACUUGAACAAUGUUAGAUUCUCAGCAUACAGAACUGCUAUGAAGCUCCGAAGACUACAGAAAGCUCUCUGUUUGGAUCUCCUGAGUCUGUCUGCUGCAUGUGAUGCCUUGGACCAGCACAACCUCAAACAGAAUGACCAGCCAAUGGAUAUACUUCAGAUCAUCAACUGCUUGACUACCAUUUAUGAUCGACUCGAACAAGAGCACAAUAACCUAGUCAACGUCCCUCUCUGCGUGGAUAUGUGCCUCAACUGGCUUUUGAAUGUUUAUGACACGGGUCGAACAGGAAGGAUCCGUGUCCUCUCUUUUAAAACUGGUGUUAUUUCCCUCUGUAAAGCACAUUUGGAAGAUAAAUACAGAUAUCUGUUCAAACAGGUAGCCAGUCCCACUGGAUUCUGUGACCAGCGUCGUCUAGGCCUCCUCCUGCAUGACUCUAUUCAGAUUCCAAGACAGCUGGGGGAAGUUGCUUCUUUUGGUGGCAGUAAUAUUGAACCCAGUGUUAGGAGCUGCUUUCAGUUUGCCAAUAACAAACCUGAAAUUGAGGCAGCCCUUUUUCUGGAUUGGAUGAGACUUGAACCACAGUCCAUGGUAUGGCUGCCAGUUUUACAUAGGGUGGCUGCUGCUGAAACUGCCAAACACCAAGCCAAGUGCAACAUCUGUAAGGAGUGUCCAAUAAUUGGAUUCAGGUACAGAAGUUUAAAGCACUUUAAUUAUGACAUCUGCCAAAGCUGCUUCUUUUCUGGGCGAGUUGCAAAAGGUCAUAAGAUGCACUACCCAAUGGUAGAAUAUUGCACACCGACUACUUCAGGAGAAGAUGUUCGUGACUUCGCCAAGGUAUUGAAAAACAAAUUCCGAACAAAAAGAUACUUUGCAAAACACCCAAGAAUGGGCUACCUGCCUGUGCAAACAGUGUUGGAGGGAGACAACAUGGAAACUCCUGUUACUCUGAUCAACUUCUGGCCAGUAGAUUCUGCGCCUGCUUCGUCCCCUCAGCUUUCACAUGAUGAUACCCAUUCACGUAUUGAACAUUAUGCUAGCAGGCUAGCAGAAAUGGAGAACACCAAUGGGACGUACCUGAAUGAUAGCAUUUCUCCUAAUGAGAGCAUAGACGAUGAACAUUUGUUAAUCCAGCACUACUGCCAAAGUUUGAACCAAGAAUCCCCACUCAGUCAACCGCGAAGCCCUGCACAAAUUCUAAUUUCCUUGGAGAGUGAAGAAAGAGGUGAACUGGAGAGAAUUCUAGCAGACCUGGAGGAAGAAAACAGAAACCUUCAAGCAGAAUAUGAUCGAUUAAAGCAGCAACAUGAUAACAAAGGACUGUCUCCACUGCCAUCCCCGCCUGAGAUGAUGCCCAUUUCCCCCCAGAGUCCGCGAGAUGCUGAACUCAUUGCAGAAGCCAAGCUGCUUCGUCAGCACAAAGGCCGCCUAGAAGCCAGGAUGCAAAUCUUGGAGGAUCACAACAAACAGCUGGAAUCACAGCUGCACAGGUUGAGGCAGCUGCUGGAACAGCCUCAAGUGGAUGCCAAGGUGAAUGGUACAACUCAGUCUUCUCCUACCUCGUUACAGAGGUCAGAUAGUAAUCAGCCAAUGCUUCUCCGCGUAGUUGGGAGUCAGACUUCAGAAUCUAUGGGUGAGGAUGAUCUGCUCAGUCCUCCCCAGGACACAAGCACAGGGUUAGAAGAGGUCAUGGAACAGCUCAACAAUUCUUUCCCAAGUACAAGAGGAAGAAAUGCCUCUGGAAAGCCAGUGAGAGAGGCCACAAUGUAGGCAGCCUUUUCCACAUGGCAGAUGACUUGGGCCGAGCAAUGGAAACGUUAGUGACCAUGAUGACCGACAACAAGGUGUUAGAAUAGCAAGAUGUGUUUUACAACUUCAGGCGUACCCGCAUGGUUUUUAUAAUAUUCAUAUGACAAAAGGAUUAGACUGUAAGAGUUUACAUGAAAACAAAUUAUAUUUUUGUGAAGGGUAGUGGUACUAUACUGUAGAUUUCAGUAGUUUCUUAAGUCUGUUAUUGUUUUGUUAACAAUGGCAGGUUUUACACGUCUAUGCAAUUGUACAAAAAAAUUAUAAGAAAACUACAUGUAAAAUCUUGAUAGCUAAAUAACUUGCCAUUUCUUUAUAUGGAACGCAUUUUGGGUUGUUUAAAAAAAAUUUAUAACCGUUAUAAAGAAAGAUUGUAAACAAAGUGUGCUUUAUAAAAAAAAAGUUUAUAUAAAUCCCUAUAAAAAAACAAAAAAAGAGGCAGUGCAUUUGUUUAGCAUCAUUUGAGCUCUGUUAUUGUAUCAGACAUAAUUCAUGUUCUGUGUUCUUUUCCUUAUGAAUCAAAGAGAGAAUUUCUGAAACACCAAAACUAUUAAUAUACAUUUCUCAUUGUUUUGCGUCUGACUAGCACUGGCUUAAAAAAAUAAUAUUGUCCUGAACUUCCAGUAGAGGUAGCUUUUCUACCUCCUUCCAAGUAGAAAUUAAGUCUUACAGGAAUUUAUCCAGCUAGUUGGCAAUAAUAUGAAAGAGCACAUUACAUGACAAAUGCUAUCUUCAGAGCUUGCAACAAUAAAAAAGACAAAUUGAAUCAGUAUUCUCUGCUCCUGCUGUUUCCUCCACUUCUAUGAACCCGAAUGUUGUUAGUAAACACAAAAUAGGAAUUGCCUCACCGGAUUAUACCUUUGGACUUUAUCAUCCGGAGUUCUGCCUCUGACACUGGCCAGCACCUUAAUGCUUCAAAGCAGAAGUCUUGAUUUGCUUUUAUACCCUGCGAUGCCACCUUUAGUGAUAUCUUUGUGGGGGGUUUUUUGGUUUUUUUUUAGGGGUGUGUGUGUUGAGGACUUGAAUACAGAUAGUGACCGACCUGUGAUCUGCUUCCAUCCUGAAAGUUUGAUUACUCAUAUUAUUAAUAUUUAAUUUUAAUUGUUAUAGUAGCAGUAUUUUUAAGCAUUGAGAAUUGCCUAGUCUCUUAAAAACAAAAUGGUCACUAGAGAUCUGCCUUGCAGCAAAUUCCAAGGAGCCACAACAUUUCAAUUAAACAGGAAAUAGCAUGGAGCAAUUAUAUCAGCUUCAGUUCUAUCAACAGUUAAAAGUAGCCACACUGCUUCAUGGGAGGCUGGUCAUCCAAGACAAUAGCCGGUAAUUUUGUUCCUCCCUAGGUCUUUCUACAAAUAAUACCGCACAAUUAACAAUGACUCAGGAGAGGGAUAACAGAAAAUAGAUGUUACAUAACAGCUCCUCAGGUUUACUACUAUAAAAUUUUGAGGUGCUGUUAACAAAAGCUUUACCAUUUCAUUCCCUUCCCUUCCGCCAGCCUUUAAUUCCAUUGUCUGAAAACAGAAUUUCAUCAAUCUAAUCUACAUUAAUACUUUGCAAGAGUAAAAUCUGUUACCUCUUCUUGUACGAAGUGUAAUUAAACUUGGGGAAAAAUAUUUUAUUUUUAAUGCUAGUUAACAUUAAACAUGGGUAGUCAUGUUAUUUCUACCUCACUUUGGUUUUGUGGUGUUCCUGACAAUUAUAUACAGACGAUAUUACAUCAUCACCACUUGUCCAUUGUGUGAACAGGUCUUAUCAUCUUAACAACAAGAAGUUUAAAAAUGUAAUAACUUGCAAAAGAAGCCCCAAACGUACAUUUUCAAACUAUUUUUUAAAGAACUUUGGAUGCAAUCUAUCCUGGUGUGAGCACAGUGCCCACACACUGAGGUCUAAGAGCCCUGUUGCUACCACCAGUCUCCCUCAAACAUGAUUGUGAAUGGAAGUUUGUCGGCACCAAGCUCUCCAUCUUGCCCAGGGAUAUGUUUUUCCAAAAGGAUGCAUGCUGAGGGGAGGGGCCAUUACCUCAUGAGCAGGCACUUGACCCAUACUAGGCUGGAUUGUACCAUUUAUUCAUCAAUAAGCAUCCUGCAUAUUCUCAUAGGAAAGUGCAAAAUCUAUGGGGUGGGGUUUGUUCAUUUAUGCCUUUAAGUUGAAAGUUCUCUUUAGACAUUUGGAAACUAAUAAAGAGUGCACGGUUGUUUUCAUCAGGGUUUUCAUUUUCCCCCCUUCAUAGACAUUAGUUUUGAAGUGAGUCUGUCAAAAGUAUUUAAAGACUUUAAGAGCUUUAUUGCUGCUUUUUAAGCAUUUCUUUGGGAAUAUUUCAUGUUCCUUAUAUCCACAAACUAUUAAACUGUAAUACAUUUAUCAGUGUAACUGACUAACUAACUAUCAUUUGGCAUGUUAUACCAUUGUUAUCCAGUACUGGUUUAUUACUUUGGUAUCAUAAUCUAUUGUGUUCUAACAUCUACACUGUAACAUUUACUAAUUAUUUUUAUAAACUUCAGUUUUACUGCAUUUUUCACAACAUAUCAAAUUUCACCAAAUAUAUGCCUUACUUAUUGUAUUAUAUACUGCUUUACUGUGUAUAUCAAUAAAGCACGCAAUUAUGUUAUAAAAA